UCCGCAGGCGCCGUGACAGAAGUCAAAACGGACAUCUACGUGACCAGCUUUGGGCCGGUGUCCGACGUGGAGAUGGAAUACACAAUGGAUGUCUUCUUUCGGCAGACAUGGACUGAUGAGAGGUUGAAGUUUAGUGGGCCAACUGAAAUUUUGAGACUGAACAAUUUAAUGGUCAGUAAAAUUUGGACACCAGACACUUUUUUUAGAAAUGGAAAAAAAUCAAUUGCUCAUAAUAUGACAACUCCUAACAAACUUUUCAGAAUUAUGCAGAAUGGAACUAUUCUUUACACAAUGAGACUAACCAUUAAUGCUGAUUGUCCUAUGCGGCUGGUGAACUUCCCUAUGGAUGGGCAUGCUUGUCCAUUGAAGUUUGGAAGCUAUGCUUAUCCAAAAAGUGAAAUAAUUUAUACAUGGAAAAAAGGACCCCUGCAUUCAGUAGAAGUUCCACAAGAGUCUUCCAGUCUCCUUCAGUAUGACCUCAUAGGACAAACUGUAUCUAGUGAAACAAUUAAAUCUAACACAGGUGAAUAUGUUAUCAUGACAGUUUAUUUCCACUUGCAAAGGAAGAUGGGCUACUUCAUGAUACAGAUAUAUACUCCAUGCAUUAUGACAGUCAUUCUUUCUCAGGUGUCCUUCUGGAUUAACAAGGAGUCUGUUCCAGCCAGAACAGUUUUUGGAAUCACUACAGUUCUAACAAUGACCACUUUAAGCAUCAGCGCCCGCCAUUCUUUGCCCAAGGUGUCCUAUGCUACCGCCAUGGAUUGGUUCAUAGCUGUGUGCUUUGCCUUUGUCUUCUCUGCACUUAUUGAGUUUGCAGCUGUCAACUACUUUACCAAUCUUCAGACUCAGAGAGCAAUGAGGAAGGCAGCCAGGGCAGCAGCGCUGGCAGCAGCACUAUCAGCAGCAACUGUACCGGCAGAGGACGAGAUUGUCUCGCAUUCUGACUCCAACUGUAACCUGAAGAAGCGAGUAAACUCUGUAACGUCUCAGGCAGAUCAGUCUCCUGAAGCCAGCAUAAUAUCAAAUAGUGCAUCCCAGUGUCAACCAGUGUCUGUUCCUCCUCCAGCCCCACCACCACCACCACCACCUAUUGGAGGCACAAGUAAAAUAGAUCAGUAUUCUAGGAUCCUCUUUCCAGUGGCAUUUGCGGGAUUCAACCUGGUAUACUGGGUUGUUUAUCUUUCAAAAGACACUAUGGAAUUUUUUGAACCUACUGCAAUGCAUCUUCGAAAUGACCAUCAGUCCAACUGAAGAACAGCUCAAGGUUUCAAAGAAUCACUGAAGGUCGUCUAGGGUUGAAGGGACUUCAAAGGAUUUGUCUAUCCACAAGUGCUCUC